GAUAUUAGUUCAUGAGAAAAAAGGUCACGUGAGGGAACGUGGGCUUGAUGGAGAAAGGAGGGUACAAUCGUCAUUUUGAGUACUCGUAAAAUUUGCUUAGAACCCUAGAAGGCUAAUUAGAACUAGGGUUUAUAUAGUUUGCCGCUUCAUCUCCGUUUCUUCUUUCCGAUUCGUGUUUUCCCGUCGGCCGGAGAUAUAUCGCAACCCUAAUCCGAAAUGGCGUCGGAGAAGAAGCUAUCGAACCCAAUGAGGGACAUUAAAGUGCAGAAGCUGGUUCUCAACAUCUCCGUUGGUGAGAGUGGAGAUCGUCUCACCAGAGCCUCCAAGGUGUUGGAACAAUUGAGUGGUCAGACUCCUGUUUUCUCCAAGGCUCGAUACACUGUUCGUUCUUUUGGUAUAAGACGUAAUGAGAAGAUUGCUUGCUAUGUGACUGUCAGGGGAGAGAAGGCAAUGCAGCUCCUUGAGAGUGGAUUGAAAGUUAAAGAAUACGAACUCUUGAGAAGGAACUUCAGCGACACUGGUUGCUUUGGUUUUGGUAUUCAAGAGCACAUUGAUUUGGGUAUCAAGUAUGAUCCAUCGACUGGAAUCUACGGCAUGGACUUCUAUGUUGUUCUUGAGCGACCAGGUUACCGUGUUGCGCGCCGCAGAAGAUGCAAGACUCGUGUUGGAAUCCAGCAUAGAGUGACGAAAGAUGAUGCCAUGAAAUGGUUCCAGGUGAAAUAUGAAGGAGUCAUUCUCAACAAGUCUCAGAACAUCACUGGUUAAACAAAUGUGUCAAACAAAUAGCUAUCAUCUGUUUUGUUUUUUUUGGGUUCAAAUCGUAUUUUCUCAGUUUUGUUUUGCUUCUCUGUUCUUCAGACAUUUUGAUUUUCCUUUAUAUAUUUUGCGUAUCUACUACUCCGACAAAAGCUGACUAAAGGUCUAAAACACAUUUCCGAAUUUUCGAUACUCCGACAGGUAAUGAACAUUCUCUAUAUCUACAUAACUCAUCCCCAAACCGUAAUUUUGUAAAAUAACACUCUUAGUUCAACAAUAAUCGUUUGUGUUAUGACU